AUGAUAAAUUGUAAUGGCCCCAAAAAAUAUGGGCUCAAAGGGAAGCUUCCUUGUCCAUCGCCACAGCCACGGCCCGCGCCGAUGCAAAUAUUUGAUGAGGAGAGGAAAAAGGCGGCCCAAAACACUCUAUUGUCGUAUUUUACUUCGACCACGACAUCUAAUGAUCCCUGGAGCCCUGCUAAAGACGAGCAACACGCACCUUUUGAUGGAAAUCGUAAAGAAAGCAAGCAAUUAUAUUUGAGAUUGGGACAAAAGGAAAAUUUCCUUACUGAAUGUCGCGAAUGCUUCAUGGCAUAUAACCCCUCAUGUGUUGAGGACAGAAAGAUACACAGCAAGUAUCAUAAGAAAUGCUCUCUAAAGUAA